AAAGCAAAACCUAGCCGCCGCGGCGCCGCCCGCCGACCUGCCGUGCCGACUGCUGAGUGCCGACCGACGUGCGCCCGCUGUCCGCUCGACGUUGUUGGCCUCCCUCGACGCCGCUGGCAGGUGGCCGCUCGACGGAGUCGACGCCUCACAGCCUCCCUCGACGCGACGCCGCUGGCCACUCGACGGAGUCGGCGCCUCACAGUCACAGUGAGAUGUCAGAAUACAAGAACGUCGUUGGGGGGAGGCUAAAGCUGAAGGGUAAGGCACUGGACGUGAAGGAAGGUGGAGUCAAGAAGAAAAAGAAGAAGCAUCAACUCGAAGAGUCGUCUCAGAUUGAGCACGAUGAGCUCCACAAAGGGGGAGACUCUGGCUUACCAACUGAUCACAACAAUGAGCUUAUUGAAGCUGGCAAGGUGGGAGAUGAAGAAGGGAAUCCACAUCCCGACUAUGACCAUCUGACACCGGCGGAGCGACGCUAUAUAGAACAGAAGCGGAAGAUCGACAUGCAAAAGCUGGCCAAAGUUGCCAACAAGUCACACAGGGACCGCAUCCAGGACUUCAACCAGUAUUUGGCGAACCUCAGCGAGCACUAUGACAUCCCUAAAGUUGGCCCUGGCUAACAUACAUAGCCAAACUGUUGUGUAGGCACAAACAAUUGUAUGCUAGGUGGGCUUCAAGGACAUUAAAAAUAAAUAAAUAAAUGUAUGUUUGGUCU